AUGCAGGAGCAUCGCCCUAGGAUCAAGGCAGCAGGCUUUGAGUGGCAGGCGCUGAACCAGCUCGCCCUCAAGCUCGGCACUCACCUUGGGCUGCUACAACCUCUCACUGGUACUCACCUCAUCCAGGAGUUUGGCAUGGUGCGCAUCUCACUGUGCAGGUCGUGCACAGGCUAUGGAGAGGCCGACUGCGCUGCCCUGAACCUGUGCGCCCAGCUGUGCAUCCUUGCACUCAACAUGAUCACGGAGCCACCAGCCUGGGUGCCUCUCGACGCCAUCUGUACCCUCAGGGAGGUACAGCACGCCAAUUGGAUCUUCGCAUGCUGCAUUGUCGUUGGGAAGGUGACAGGGAGGGCGCUCAAUCCGACGCCUACCAGGGCCAGGAUUGCAGACAUGGUGAUGGCAUGGCUUCCAGCCGACAUCAAGAAUGUGUGGCAGGCCUUUGUGCGAUGCCACCCAAGUCGCAGAUACAAGAUGGACCUUGCAGCCUCUGGAGGCUGA